AUGAGUUUGACUUUAACUAUAUAAAAAUAUAUAGGAGGGUUAGAAUUAGAAUAUUUUGAAAAUGUAGUUAAAGAGUCAACUAAAGGUAGAAAUGAUAUCACUAAGAUGAUUGAUUCAUUGUAAAAUCGAGUGAAUGCUGAAUAUGAGUAUUCUAAAAAUUUAGAAGAUGGGAUUUCUGAAUUGAUAGUAAAUAGGAAUUAAGCAGAUUCUGCUGUUAACUUAGAAAAAAUAAUAGCUUUGUAUUGUAAUGAAAUAAGACAAAAGAUAAAAGAGUCAAGAUAAUAUGCAUAAUUUAUUAAAGAUUACAUCAUCAAUUAAUUGAAUAUUUUAGUAAAAGAUUAAACCAAUAAGGUUAGAGGUUUGAUCUCUGAUGGUCGAAAGUUAUCUAGUUAACUUAAACAGGAAAGAUCAGAAGUUGAAAAGGUAUAAAAAUUAUAUAGAAUAAUUAGCUCAUAAGCUAAUUAAAUUAAAAAAAUAAUGAUUAUUUUCAGCAUUAAAUAUAGAAGUUCUCUUAAGAGAAUCUAAGUUAAUUAUAGCCAUAGAAAAAAAAUGAAAAUACAUUAAAAUCCGAUAAAUUGUAUAGAAGUCUAAAGGAAUUAAGAGAAAAAUUAAGCAAUUAAUAAACAUCAUAUGAACAAUAUUUAUAAGGUUAUGAAUUAAGAAUUUCAAAGAUAAUAGAGGAAUUUUAACUAUAAGAUCAAGAUAGAGUAAAUUCAAUGAAGAUUGUUAUGAAUUAAUUGUUUUAAAAUGAUAGAAUUUUUUAAGUAAAUUUAAUAUAAGUUAACUAUAGAAUUUGAAUUAGAUUUAGGCUGAGUAUAAUCUUUAUAGAUACAAAGAAUCUUAUUUAAAAUCAUUAGAAAUCAAUUAUAAGGAAUAGAAAAGUUUUAUAUAGUUUUCAGUUUUAAAGAUAGAAGAUAAUUGGAUUGAUAGUGUUUCUCAUUUCAUCAAUUCAAAAUGUUAGAAUAUUUAAUUUAAUAGAGAAAUAAUCACUUUAAAUAUGGAAAUUAUGAAAAAUGAUUAUGAAAAUAUUCAUCUCCUAAUCUAAUAAUAGAAUGAGGAUUUGAUUACUAAUAUUUCAUUAUGUCAAGAGAGAAUUCAUAAUUAAAUGUAAGAAUUAUGGUCAUCUUAAGAAGUAAAUAUAAAAUCAUUAAUAAAUUUACUUAAUCACAACUUGAUUGGGAGAUAAAUAUGGGUUUUUGAGUUUUAGUAAUUCAGACUAGAUAAAAAAUUUGAGAUUUGUUAAAUUUCAUAUUAAAAUACAGUAAAUUUGUUGAAUCAAAUACUUGAUUUGGUAUGAUUUAUUAAUUUAAUUAUUUAGUGUUUAGAAGAGUAUGAUGCAUUUGCAGUUAGGAAAUUAAUGUUGAUGACUUUUACAUUUUAUAGAAUUGAAAAGACAGAAAAGAUAUUUUUAUUUGAUGGAAUUCAACAUCAUUAAAUUUUUGAUAGAUUUGAUUUAUGGGAUGCCAUAUUCUUUGAAUGUUUAUAUGAAGAGAUGAAAAAAUAAUAAGAACUGAAAAUUUAUGAGAAUAUUAAUGAUUCUAUUGAUAGGUAUAUAUAUUAUUUAUAUAUUUUAGAGAAAAAAAUACUGUAUUUGGAUUUUUGGGAUCUUUAAUAGAAAAUAUGUUAAGUUUUAGUCCAUCAAAAUAUAAUGUAAGAACUUUGACUUUAAAAUAUUGUAAAUUUUAUAUGCUCAAUGAGAUUUAAAUCAAACAGCUACUUUAAAUCAUUGAAAACUCUAAAUAAUAAUAAAUUUGA